UGUUUUAAUUGUGUUUAUUAUUGAUAAACGAUCGGGAGUCUGCGCAGGGUGUUUUAUUUUGAAAAUUUACCGGCUGCUCUGCUGUUUCUGUGUCUGACGUCUUGCCAAGUUCGAUCUACUCUGUGCAACUUGACCGCGGAUGUAUAAUAAAGAUAUAAAAUACAUCCAUAUAAUAAUAAAUCAGUUAGCUUGACGCGGCUACCUUCAAAAACACACUGGAACACUGGAAACACUGGGAUUACUGGACUACUGGAAUACUGCCACUUCAACCUUCUGCUGACUCUACAUUAUAAAGAAGAAUUUUAGAGGUACGACUGAAAGUGAAAGUAACUUUAACGUACGUUGACUUUCGAAGAAGAGGAACUUAAUCUGUCUGCUGUGUUUUCUGCGUCACACAGAGACAAAAUGUUUUCUCAAUCAGAAAACGAUCUCUCCUGUCCCAUCUGUCAGGACAUAUUUACAGAUCCAGUUGUCUUGACAUGCAGCCACAGCUUCUGUAAAGCAUGUGUGCAGAACUGGUGGAGAGAGAAACAAACUCUGGAGUGUCCAGUUUGUAGGGAGAGACAUUUAUUGAUUGAUCCUCCUCAUAAUUUGGCAUUAAAGAACUUGUGUGAGACCUUCUUACUGGAGAGGGAUCGAAGAGCUUCAGGAGCGCCGGAGACUCGCUGCAGUCUGCACUCUGAGAAAUUCAAACUCUUCUGUCUGGACCAUCAGCAGCCAGUGUGUCUCAUCUGUAGAGAUUCAAAAACACACAGCAACCACAGAUUCAGACCCAUCAAUGAAGCCGUACAGGGUCACAGAGAGGAGCUCCAGAAAUCCCUGAAGAUCUUACAAGAGAAACUGAAGCUCGUUAGAAAAGUUAAAAGAAACUGCCAUCAAAUAGCAGAACACAUUAAGAUCCAGGCCAGAGACACAGAUAGGCAGAUUAAGGAGCAGUUUAAGAAGCUUCAACAGUUUCUUCGAGAGGAAGAGGAGGCCAGGAUCGCUGCUCUGUGUGAGGAAGAGGAUCAGAAGAGUCAGAUGAUGAAGGAGAAAAUUGAGACUCUGAGUAAAGAGAUAGCGGCUCUUUCGGACAUAAUCACAGCUACAGAGGAGGAACUGAGAGCUGAAGACGUCUCAUUACUGCAGAAUUACAAGGUUGCAGUGGAAAGAGUCCAGCAGCGCCCCCUGCUGGAUGAUCCAGAGCUGGUCUCAGGAGCUCUGAUAGAUGUAGCUGAACACCUGGGCAACCUGACCUUCAACAUCUGGAACAAGAUGAAGGAGAUGGUUUCCUACAGUCCUGUGAUUCUGAAUCCAAACACCGCCGACCCAGAACUCAUCCUGUCUGAAGAUCUGACCAGUGUGAGAUGUGGAGAGAAACAGAGGCUUCCUGAAAACCCAGAGAGGUUUGACUAUCACCCCUGUGUCCUGGGCUCUCAGGGCUUUAACUCUGGGACUCACAGCUGGGACGUUGAGGUUAGACAUGAUAAAUUCUGGGGUGUGGGUGUGAUAAAUGAAUCUGUUGGAAGCAAGGGACAAAUACCGGCUGGAUACUGGGAAAUAAGUCUCCUUAAUGGAAAAUACACAGCAGUCUCUCCGCCACUCUCUAAUAAAGUUCUCUCAGUGGAGAAGAAGCUGCAGAGGAUCAGAGUUCAUCUGGACUGGAACAGAGGAAAACUGUCAUUCUCUGAUCCUGAUACUAACACACACAUACACACCUUCACACACACCUUCACUGAGAGGCUGUUUCCAUACAUCGGCACCAUGAAUGAACUCCCACUGAAGAUAUUACCAGUUACAGUCUCUGUAACAAUGGAACAGCACACAGUCCCUUCAUUUACAUGCUUGUGGCCUGGUCCCUUCAGGUCCUAGAUGGGCAUACCAUGUGUAUUACAUACCAUGUAAUACUCUCAGGUUAAGUAAAGCUGCUCAGAUAUGCCGUCAUUUAGUAGGAGGAAAGGAACAUUAUUAAGGAUGAAGCAGUAAGAGGAGAGUGAGGUAUUGAUUUAAAAAGAUGAUUUGUAAUGCUCAGGGUACUCAAAAUGAUUUUCAGGGAAAAAAAUGAUAAUCGGUAUUAACCAUGAAAUGGAAUUAUCUAUACAUGAUUGUAUUGUGACUGAAAAUGUUAAAUUACUUAUUUAUAAUUCUAUGAUUAUGUUGAUUAGUGUUGAUAUAAUGAUGCUGUAUAUGUAAUUAUACAAAAGAUGUUUUACCCAAUUUGAAGGGUUUUUUUUACCAGUAUGUCCACAGCUUGUCAACACGGCAAAUGUCUGUAUAUGAAUGAAUAGGGAGUGAUGUAUAUAAGUGUUCUGGGACAAACUGUGAUGAUAAUGGGACACUCGGAGCCUUACUUCUGCCAUAAAAAAUGUACAAAAAAUGUAAAUCUUCUAAGCAUAAGUUUUAUGACUUCUAUUGUCUAUUUUUUUAAAUUUUCAUUUUUUCCACUUACUGUGUUCUAAUUUCAUACUACAUAAUAAUUAAUAAUUAGUACAUAAAAUGUGGCUUCAGAA